CGCCUGGCCUGGCGCUCUCUUGCCUGCUUGUUCGCCCGCUGUCCAUCUCGCACCCGAUCGCCUAGCACCUCGCCUCACCGCACCGGACCCGGACCAUAUCGGACUGCAUAGCAUCGCUCGACGACGGCUCUGCACACCCACAAGCAUCGACCUCUUGCAGCGAUCUGGAUAAUCUGCGUUGCCUUUCCACAAGCUCAGUGGUGCACAUCAAUCGUCAUCUGCCUCCGCACCCACAAACCAGCCCGCUGAUCCCGAACCGCCAUGCCCAUCACAACGUCCGUCCCCGAGAACGUGGUGAUCCAUCCGCUCGUUCUCCUGUCCGUCGUCGACCACUACAACCGUGUUGCCAAGAACACCAAGAAGCGUGUCGUCGGCGUGCUGCUCGGCCAGAACUCGGGAGGCGUCGUCAACGUCGCCAACUCGUACGCCUUGCCCUUCGAGGAAGAUGAGAAGGACCCCUCGGUCUGGUUCCUUGACCACAACUACCACGAAGCCAUGUAUGACAUGUUCAAGAAAGUCAACGCCAAGGAAAAGAUGAUCGGAUGGUAUCACAGCGGCCCCAAGCUGCGAAGCUCAGAUCUCGAGAUCAACGAGAUGUUCAAGCGGUACACUCCCAACCCAGUUCUGGUCAUCAUCGACGUCAAGCCCAACGAUCUCGAGCUGCCUACGGAUGCCUAUUUUGCAGUAGAAGAGAUCCACGAUGAUGGUACCGCCACGACCAAGACCUUCAACCAUGUCCCGUCGUCGAUCGAGGCCGAGGAGGCCGAGGAGAUUGGCGUCGAGCAUCUCCUGCGUGACAUCAAGGACAACGCCGUCGGCACGCUGUCCACACGAAUCACGAACCAGCUCGAGUCACUCAAGGGCCUCCACCUGCGACUGCGGGAGAUCAAGGACUACCUCGAGAAGGUCGUCAAGGGCCAGCUGCCAGUCAACCACCAGAUCAUGUACAACCUCCAGGACAUCUUCAACCUCCUGCCCAACCUGGAUGUGCCUGACACCAUCAAGGCCUUCUCGAUCAAAACGAACGACGAGUACCUGGUCAUUUAUAUUUCGUCGCUGGUCCGCGCCGUCAUUGCGUUGCACAACCUCAUCACCAACAAGCUCGAGAACCGCGAUGCCGAGAAAGAGAAGGACGGCGAGAAGAGCGUCCCGGCUGCUGCUCCUGCGGCCGAGAAGGCCACGCCAGCAGGCACCACGGCGGAGCCAUCCACUCCGGCGGCCAAGAAGUAGUGCAGCGCACAGGAGGAGGCCGAUAAUAAAACAGCCGCCACAUGGGCAAAUCGAGCCAUCGCGUCGCAAAUGGCGCUUUUCGAGAAGGCACUGUAUUGUAGCCGCAAAAGAGGGGGGGGGACCAAUCCUGCAAGCAGCACGGGCUGCUGUCCUUCAGUGGAAUCGGCCGGGCCAGUCCCGAUGUGGAUGAGAGCAUCCUCAACAAUGGUAGCGGAUCCUCCGCGACUGAAUCUACUCUGGCGCUCUUUCUUCAGC